ACUCUCUUUUGCCCUGUGUAGGUUUUUGAAAAACCUAAUUUUCAAAAUGAAUAAAGAUGCCCAGAUGAGAGCAACCAUUAACCAAAAGCUAAUAGAAACUGGAGAGCGAGAAAGGCUUAAAGAGUUGCUGAGAGCCAAAUUGAUUGAAUGUGGCUGGAAGGAUCAGUUGAAGGCACACUGCAAAGAUGUCAUUAAAGAAAAAGGAUUAGAGCAUGUUACUGUUGAUGACUUGGUGUCAGAAAUCACUCCCAAAGGCAGAGCCUUGGUACCAGACAGUGUAAAGAAAGAACUCUUGCAAAGAAUAAGAACCUUCCUUGCCCAGCAUGCCAGUCUUUAACUUGGACAUUUGUCUGAGAUACAGUGUUUCUGUUUCGGUAUUAUGUCAAUCAUGUCAGGAUUGGAAUGGAGUUUACAUGCUUAAGGAUGGAAAACCUUCUUUUUUAUUUUCUUUUUUUUUGGUAUGAUGAGUUGAAGCUUCUUUGCACUGCAUUGAUUUCUUAAACAUGGUGUUAUUUUA